AUGGAUGCUCUCAUUGCAGAACUUCAGCGAACUACAAGGAAGCCUCCCCAAACAAUUCCUGUCACUACUGAACCCCCAUCUAAAAGUGAUCCAGAAGACUCAACGCACGCCUUACUCCCAAGGAAGCAAAAAAGAAGAGAUCCAAGGCUGGGAGUGUUUAUCACAGACCCAGUCCAAAAGAAUUCUACACCGAUUGAGUCUGGUUCUAUGGCUCAAAACAUACAAACCACAUUCACUGAGUCCUCUCCAGUGAUUGAAGAAAUAUCAAGCUCGUUACCUGAGUCCACUCCUAUGGAUCAGGAUUUUCAAAGCCCAAGUGUUGAAGAAGAAGUCUUACCUUCAGAUGGAGCUCACGCUUCAGGAAGCUCUUUUAAAACACCUGAGUUGUACAUAUCCAAAGGCAAAAGCAAGUUGCCUGAAUCUGAAUUAGUUGAUGUUGUUCAGCUUCAAAAAAAAGUCUUUGAUGUGGAACUAAACUCUACUGAAAAGAAUUUGAUAAUUGGAAAGUAG